UCGUACAGUACAUUUACAUUGCAAAAAAAAGCAUAAAACAAAGUUUUAAAACAAUUAAAAGCGAGCAAUCCUCGGCGUAUUAUUAAAGAACCAGCCCACUGUUCGCCCCAUAACCGCAGCAGAGCGCGCGACCUUGCUAAUUCACGGAGCAGCAGCGCCAGAAAGAGAGUUCGUCGGCAGAGGGGCGCAGAGAGAAAAUGUCACGCAAAGCAGCAGCAGCAGUGGAAGUGGAAAAAGAGUGAAGAAACCGCAGUAAUUGCCAUCGGGAUCCGAUCUCAGUGUCCUUGUCCACCAGUGCAGCGAGUCGCCACACAGACGGGCCGAGGAGCACCCGAAAACGAUCCUGAUGCGGCACAGCCGACUGCUGAGUGUGGCGAAACUAACCGAUGGACAUCAGCAGCAGCAGCAGAAUCAGCAGCAGCAGCAGCCAGCGAAAGUAGGAGACAACAACGGAGCCCUGCGUCUGCGGUCCUAGAAAUUCGUAACUCGAAAUUCACUGGCAACACGGACACCUGCUAGCGCAAUGCGAAUGCCGCCGAUCCUGGCCAGGAUUGUUCGUAGACUGGUGCUUGGAUGUCGUCGGUAAUUGGGUGCGCCAUCCUCCGUUGGGUCUCCCCUAGCAAUCCGCUGGCACCACCAUGCAAAGCCUGGACUCCUCAUGCCAAGAAGCCGACUUUAUUAUAAAUGACACGCUCAAAAAGUUAAAGGGUUCCAGCAACGCGGACCAUGUCCAGGGCCUAGCGGUCCACGCCCACGGAUCGGGCGUCCACCAGACGCAGUUCGUCCAGUACGGCACGUCUGGUGCCUCGCCGCAGCUGCAGCCGCAGCAGUCCUACCACCAGCUGCAUCCCACGCUCCAGCAGCAGCAGUUCGCCUCCUCGAGCAGCAAAUCGUACCUGGAGACCAGCCUGUUACAGGCAAUACCACAGAUUCCUGCCCAGCCGCCCAUUUGCAUCUUCGAUGACGACGAGUCCCCCACCGAGGGCACUGGCGGCUCACUGGGCAGCCUGCUCACGGAGCCGACCUCGGCCACGCCCAGCGGCCUGCCCACUGCAAUCGCUCCGUCGCCCUCCUCGUGCUCAUCCUCCACCACAACGCUGUCGAACUUCAACUCAAUCACGUCGCCGUCGCCGGUGGUGCCCGAUCUGCUGCUGUCGACGCCGCCGGGCGUUAACUCCAGCCUGAGCAAUAGCUCCACGGGAGCGGCCAGUGUGUCCAGCAAGAAGUCCGAGAAACGGCCACCCUCCGCCAACUCAACAGCCAGUGGCGGCGGCCACCACCUGCACCAUCAUCACCUCCACCAGACGCACAAUCACCAUGUCCUGGCAUCGCCCACGUCGUCGCCCAGCAAGCGCCAGAAGUCCAAUAGCAGUAGCAAGGAGAGCAGCUCCUCUAGUCGCAGCUCAGCUAUACCCGCCGCAUCAGUCUCCACGGCCACCUCGUCGUCGCAAUCAGCGCGCGCUGGCGCCGGCGCUGCCUCCUCAAUUAGCAACAGCAAGCCACCUUCCUCCGUCUGCCAGUCGGGCAACAGCAAGUUCUUUAAUCUGCACGAGAAAAUAAGGGACCUGUACCUACAACUGCUGAGCAACGACCUAAACUACUUUGCCGAGACAGGGCUAAAACAGCGCACCCGAUCCUUCACUUUGGAGCGGUUGGUGGAUCGGGAGAAGCUCAACACGAUUGUGGUCAACUUGUAUCCCGGCAACAAGGGAUACUCGCUGGCCCUGCAUUAUGACGAGCACAUGGUGCUAAAUCCGCAAACGAACGAAUGGUCCACCACGGACAAGGACGAGAACUCGGGCGAUGCUGCGGGAUUGGGUACGGGAACGGGCAGUCAUCGGAGUCGCCCCAAGCCGCCGGCCCAGGACGACAGUCAAGCCAAGACGGAGGCGGGUCAGGCCAAACACGAUUUUGGACUCGUGGAGGUGCUUCGGUGGCCCUACGAGAACGAUUUGCUGCUGCAAUGCAUCGAUCGUGAAAUGCUGCCGGAGUUUUUAAUGGAUCUACUCGGAGCGGAGACCGUCAGUUUGUCGGAUGGCGAGGGAACACGGGUGUACGCCAAGCCGAGCGUCUUCUAUGCCGGCUGCGUUAUCGCCCAGAUCCGCGACUUCCGCCAGACAUUUGCCACCUCAACGAAUAUCUGUGAUAUGAAGCACAUCCUGCUCAGGCCCACGAACGCCACCCUAUUCGCGGAAGUGCAGCAAAUGGGCAGCCAGUUGCCGGCGGAAGACAAGCUCGCCCUGGAGAGCCAGCUGGUGUUGGCCACGGCGGAGCCGCUGUGUCUGGAGCCGGAUCCCAGCAUAGGGAGGCAGGCCAUCAACGCCCAGCACCAGCGUCAGCUCUUUAACUCGCACGAACUGCGACGCCAGAUGAAGAAGUUCACCCAAACGGCCAUCAACCGGAAGCGCAAGCUGGACCAAUUCACUCACCAUCACGGUCUGGAAUUGUGCGAUUACCUGGCUCGCCUGCGCCAGCGACCGCGGACGGGAAGUAGCAGUGGUGGCGGCAAUGCCACACCGGCCACGGCGCCCUCCAACAAUCAGCUGGUGGGGGCCAUGCUGUCGUCGUUCACAUCGAAGGUGCCCCGGCGACCACACGAGGUCAUACGGCCCAUUCGUCCGCCCACACUGGAGUAUCCCGCCAAUCUCAAGGUGCCCGAGCACGUGAUCAGCGUGGAAAAGUAUGCCAAGGCCUUCGAGCCCCUUAACGAAUUCAGUGAGGCCUGCAAGGACGGCUGCCAGCCCAACUGUCGUCACAACUUCCAACCGCAACUGGUCGAGGAAUACAUUCUUGAGACGGAGCGCGAGGCGAGUGAAGGCCGGCGGGCCCUCUACCACAUAAAGCUGUCCAUCUUCCAGCGCCCCUCCGACGCAGAGUAUCUUGGCGAGCUGUAUGUGGACCGAGAUUACCGGGAGGGCGAGCGCAACGGCGAGUCGUGCCGCUUUGCGUUGGGCACUCGGGUGCAUGCCAAUCGAUACAUUCAGCAGUUCCGCGAGAUCUUCACCGAGGAGGGGCGUAAGGCGGUCAAAAUCACGCAUUUGAUACCCGGGCAUGUGCCAAUUGUGACUCACACGGGAUUGACGAAUGAGCAGCGGAUUCUCUUGCAGCAGCAGCAGCAACAACAACAGCAGCAGCAGCGCCAGGCUCAAAUGCAACAGCAACAACAGCAGCAACAGCAAGUCGUUGUUGUCGCCAAUCCACAACAGCAAUCGCAACAGCAACAGCAACCGCCACAACAACAGCAGCCACAACAAGCGACACAGCAGUUAUCCGCCACAGUGCAUCAUGUGGCACUGCCGCGACAACAAAUAACUCAAAAGACUCUCAAUUUGGCUGGAAGUAAUGUAAUCAAUGUACAGCAAAACUUCCGACCGCAAUCAACGCAGCAGCAGCAACAGCAAACAUACACAAUUGAGGCACCGCAGCAGCAAGCUGCAGCGCAGAUUGUCCCGCAACAACAGCAACAACAACAGCAGCAGCAGCAGCAACACAUUCAUCUUCAGCAGUUGGCCACCGGCAGCAGCAAUUCCUCCACAACAACGCACCAAGUUAGCCUCAGCAAUGGUUCCCUGGUCCUUGUGCAACAGCAGCAGCCCCAGCAGCAGUCGCAACAGCUGGCUCAGGCCCUGCAACACUCGGGCAUAACCAUCCAGCCCGCCACCAUUCAGCAGCAGCAGCAGGUGAAGGGCACUUCCGUGGUGGGGGCCAAUUCCGCAUUGCGUGCCCAGCUCAACUCAAAUGUGCCAAUUCUGCAAACGCAGCUGAAAGUGCAGCAGCAGCAGAUUAUGCAGAAGCAACAGCAACAACAGACAACUGCCACUAGUAACAACAACAACAACAAUAAUAACAGUAACAAUAUGAACAACAACACGGCCAUACAUCCGAAUCCUGCAAUAAACGCCAUAGUCAACAGCAUCAUGAACUCUGCCAACCAGUACCAGCAGCAACAGCAGCAGCAGCAACAACAGCAGCAUCACCAGCAAACUGGGAACACGCCAAGCAACAACAAUGCUGCAGGGUCCGGCGGCAGCACCAACAACAACGGAAGCAGCACCAGUGCCACCACACUCAAGAACUCCAGCAACGCAUCAAUUUUGAACCUGCUCAACAGUGCUCCAGCUGCGAUGACCAGCACACCCGUGGCCAGUGGAACGUUCACAACCUCCACCGGCCAGCAGCAACCGCAGACGCUGACGCUUGUGCAGCACCAGCAACAGCCGACUCCGAACACCGCGGAUGCGGCCACUGCUACCUAUGUGCAGACCACCCGUGGAACACCCACGCUGGUGAGUACGCAGCGGAAACAGCAGUCCAGUGAAGUGUUGCAAAAUCUGUUGAACGCCAAUCGAAAGAUUGGCGGUGGAGGCACCACAACGACCACGUUUCGAACAAACUCCGCGGGCAAUUUGAUAGCGGUCAACCUCAACCAAGCCGGGCAGUCGCACCACCAACAGGCAGGCGACGGCAGUCAGACGGUGAGAGUGUCCAUGUCGGCGCUCGCCUCACAGUUGGCCUCGCCGCCCGCGGUGAUGACAAACCCCACCACCAGCUACACAGUGAUCUCGUCGGGCAACAGCGCCGCGGCAGCUGCAGCAUGGAUUCAGAGCCCAACGGUCCCAGUUCAGCAGCGCAUACUGAGCUCCCUGAGAAGGGACAGCACCACAGCGCCGCCCAACGCAAUUGUGGUGGGCAUGGCGGCUCCAUCUCCAGGUAGCGACUCGAACGCCUCCAAUGCCAGCGGCUUUGCCGUGCCAAACAAUCUGGCGUCCACAUCAAGUGGUGGCGGUGGUGGUGGAGCCCUGUCCGCCUUGCUGACCAACGCAGCUACACCCUCGCCAUCGGGUUCGGAUCACUCGCAGUCGUCGCAGACGCACCAAAACCAAGCUCUGCUGGAGCGCCUAAGCAAUGUCACAUCAAACGUAUCCGCCGUUUCCAUGCCACACAUGUCGCCGCAACAGCCGCAGCCAACGCAGCAGUUCAUCACAAAAACCAUCGUUCACUCGCCCGCCACAUCUUCGAUACACUCGCCCAUGUCUAGUCCGCAUCCGCAGCCCUCUGCCUCGCCGCAGCAGCAACAACAGCAGCAGCAGCAACAGACCACCGCCACCCUGAAUCUGCAGGGAAUCAACCUGUCUCAGCUGCAGGGCGCCAUGGCUAACUUUGCCGGCCUGCAGAAUGUCCAGGUGCAGAUCCCCGGCUUCACACAGCCGAUCUCGCUGCAGUUCUCCGGCAAUAGUUUGCAGCAGCAGCAGUCGGGGACCACGGCUACUGGUGCGGGCACGGCGCAGGGCCAACAGCGAAGUGUCCUGGUCUCGGUUCCAGUCUCCAGCCAGCAACAGCAACUGCCACACACCAUAACGCUGCAGACUCAGUCGGCGCCGCACCACCAGCAGCAGCAUCAGCAGACUCAACAGCAGCAUGCCCCGCCAACGGGCACCAUUGUGAGCCUGCCCUCGUCGGGACCUGGCACUCAGACGGUGGUCAUCACAAACAAUGCCGGCGGAGCAGUGACGGCGGGAAGCAGCACCAGUGGCAGUGCGGGCGGCGGUGGAGGAUCGGGGGCCACCACGGCCAUGCUGACCCUUCCCAUUGCUCAAAUAGUCGGUGCCGGUGUACAGAAACUAAAUCCUCAAACAAUACGUACCUCAAAUGUUGGUGGUGGUAUAGGUAUCGCCCAGCAAACGGUCCAGCAGCAGACGAUCCAGUCGCAGUCGGGCGGCAACAGCACCGCGGCCAUCCAGCUGCUGGGCACCCUACAGCCGCGUGCCCGCAACGUCCAGGUGGUGGGCACCAAGCAAUUGGCCAACAGGCAGCUCAUCACCACCCAGCGGCAGAUAGGUGGCUCCACGCUCAAGAUCGCCACCACACCCGUGAACGCUGCCAAUGUGGUGACCAGCAGCGCCAACCUAACCACCACUCCGAUUGUGAUGUCCGCGCAGAAGCUGCAGCUGAAGACGGUGAAGGCGCCCGUGCAACAGCAGCAACAGCCUCAGCAGCAACAGCAGCUGCAGCAACAACACCGAAUACUCAACCAGCAGAGCACCGCCACGGUAUCGUCGCAAACACUGCCCAGUCCCAACCAAGUGCAGGUGGCCCAACAGCAGCAGCAGCAGCUGCAGCACAUUCAGAUCGCCGGUAGGGCCACCACCGCCUCGGGAGCCAUCAGUCAACGGACUCUAACUGCUCUGGCGGCGGCCAAGCAGCAGCAACAGCAGCAGCAAGCUGCAGUCAAUCGACGGCGCUCCACCACCGAUGCGACCAAGUAAGGGAUGCGAAUUGCCAGGGACUGAGACGACUGGGACGACUGAGAGAUGAAGCUUUAGAGCGAACAAGUAGAAGGCUACGCGUUGUGUAUUGCUUGAUAUUAUAGUUUAUGGUUACCUCCUAACUAUCACUACUAUCGUACAUUGUAUACCCAUAUAACUAUAUAUGUUUUGAUGUGUAAUCGUAAGUGUAAAUUGCAUGGGCAACAGCAUGGCAGCUCAUAGUUGUGCAACCUAGUUAGAAGCUGGAGCUGGAGCUGAACCAGAUUCUGCCUGCCCCUGCUCCGCCGACUGCGCUUGUGUUAAUUGUGUCCCCCCCGGCAAAAACGAAUUAGGUGUAGAGGUCUUAAUAAUAUUUAUCUAGUUGUAUAUACGCAUAUAUAUAUAUUACAUAUAUAUAUUUAUAUAUAUGGAAAUUGUUUCAAUAUGUCCCGCGCCCAAUAGCCAUUUAAACCACUACUAUCUGGCUCCCGACUCCAAUUCGUUAAGUCCUAAGACUAAUUCUAUAAGCGUGCUAAUUUUAAGCUGUAAAUCAGGGGAGGAGUCGACGGAAACAAAAGGAAAGCAAUAAUAUGAGGAGGAAAAUCAAGAAAACACGUAAAUUAAUUGUAAAGAAAUUCUAAUUAUUACGAUUACGUUUAGCUACGAGAGCAUAUGAACCGGGGUAGGGGUUCAUUUAAGCAAUUACAAAUAUUCAUAUUGUACUAUUAAAAUUAUUAUUGCUAAUUAUUUAAUCGAUUGCUUAGCUUAAGUUCACAAAAGAAGAUAACACACACAUUUUAGUUUGUAAUGUACAAUUCGUAGCCUCAACCAAUUUAGUACUUCCAAUUGCAGAAACAUUAAAAACGGAAAGCAAAACAAAAUACACAAAAGUCAAAACUUA